AUGAAUACAUAUAUUCAGCAACUGAAAGAGGAAUAUGAGAAACGUCUUCGUGUAUCGGAGCGAUCACUGCAUGGUGAAAAAGAAAGGCGACGACAGCUUGGUUUUCAUUGCAAACAACUCGAAGCACAGUUGCGUAAAGUUCAAAGAGACAAUGAAAAUCAACGAAGUAAAAGUUACAAUGCCUUAAAUGAAUUGUUACGUGGAUCGGUGGCUGCUUUAGAACCAGAUGCUGUUACAUCAAUUAGUGCUCCGAAGUACACUGACGAAUUGAAAGCUGUAAAAAUUGCAAAUAGCAGUCUUCAACAAUGUGUUGAUAAAUUACAGAAUAUGCUGUUACAAAAAGGGCGUGAAGCUUUAGCCGCGGAGAAAUAUUAUAAUGAAGCAAUUUCGGAACGUGAGCAGCAAAUAUCUCGACUUCAGAAAGAAGUUUUGGCUGAUCAGCACAUAGCAACAAAACUGAAGGCAUUGCUGGAGGAGCGCACUGAAUUAUUGGAACAAAUAAAUCGUUUAGAGAAAGAAAAUAAAGAAAAUUAUAUUAUAUAUAAUGAACCACAAAACAUUGGAUAUCCGGCAACUACUCCACAAAUCUUUGAAGCCGAUGUUAAUCCAUAUUGUGGGCAUUGUCGAAAUCAAGUGAAAAAUUGGAACAGAAUGAUAAAUGAGAAGGAAAUGAAUUUCACCGGUUUUGAAAAUACAGAUCGGAAUGAUUCAAGCUGGUUGAAGCAAAAAAUAACGGCUGAGGAGAAGAUUCGCCAGCUUUCGCUUGCUUUGGAAAUGGAAAAAGAGAGAAAUAGGGAGAUGGAAAGUGCGCUAAAGAACGAAAAUAUUAAUCUAUCGAGCAGUUAUCAGAAAUUACUUCAGAAAUAUGAAUCUUUAGAAACGGAACUGGGCAAAAGACGAAUCGCUGAAACGAGUACUAAAAAUAAAACAAGUCCGAAUGGGCAAAUUACUUCCAAUGUCGAUGUCCGCUUAAUAUCUCAGCUGAACGACGAGCUUGAUAAAGCAAAUAAAAAGAUGACAUGUCUUGAAAAAGAGCUGAGUCUUGCAAAGCGCAUCAUUUACGAAAAUGAGCAGUUUGCUGUCGCGGCUCCUCGACGAAUUGAAAUGCUCGAAAAGGAUAAAAAAGAAUUAACGCGUAUAAUCGACAAUCAAACAGAAAGAUUAACUCAUUUCGAUGAUCGGUUAAGAGUGAUAAAUAGGGAAAAAGAAGCACUACAACGAAAAUAUACUGAACUAGAACGUGCCAACAGCUUAACUGUCCGAGAGAAAUUGGAACAAUUAGAAAUUAUUGAAAGACAACGUAAAGAAUUAUCUCGCUUGGAGGAAAAGCAGAUUGAGAAAAACAAAGCACACGAUGCGCAAAUUGAAGCAUACCAUCAGCUCAUCAAACAAAAGGAUGAUGAGCGCGGAGCACUAAUUGCAGAACUUUGUGCUGCUAGUCGCUUGGGAACCCCUGUUCAUAAUUCAAUUAAUGAAAUUGAGAAUCGUUGUGGCGAUUAUUCAAAAUUUUCAUUCGGGUUUCUUUUUCUAGCUGCAAUUGAUGAAAAUCGUGAGCUGUUGAAGGAAGUGCGUGAGUUAAACCACGAAAGACAAGCGAUGCUUGAUAAAGUUACUCGCCUAGAAAGUGAACUUCAAUCAGUGAAAGAUCAAUUAAGGCUAAAAACAGAUGAAGUCGAGAAAGAAGUUUUGCUGAGGAACUCAAUGCAUGAUGACCUUGCUAACGCGCGAACCAUGUUGUUAGAGAGGGAAACACAAAUACUCGAUUUGAAUAAUGAGCUGAAAGUUGCCGAAGUGAAAAUAAUGAAGCUAGAAACAGAACUUGCCAAUUCAGCAGAUCGUUUGCAAGUAGAACAAAUCACUGGAAGUUCACUAAAAAUAACUGUUGAAGAAUUAGAAGAUUUAUUGCAAGAGAAAAAUGCAGAGCUUAUUACGGCUGCACAACAACAGCAACGAUGUACUACUGAAAUGCAGAAAACGAAAGAAUUAAAAUAUGACUUGGAAACUAAACUUACUUUACAAGGACGAGAACUAAAAGAGGCACGAGAAAAACUAGCUGUUCUCAGGAAGAAAAUACGGGAACUUGAGCUAGAAGCUGUGAAUUCAUCAAAUAAAAGCCUUCAUGAAGCAGCGACACAGCAAGAAAGUCCGAAAUUAAAUACAAUAGCAACGACAGUGACGAAAUCUGCCAUUUCUAAUACAACUCCAUUGAAUUCUUAG